AUGGCUGUAGCGACUUUGUAGGCCGAAGAGGGAAAUACAAAACAAGGCUUUAUAUCAGCGUUAACAUAAGGCGCUGGCGGAAAUUUCUCGCUUCUGAAAUCUGUAAUAUUCAAGUCAAACGUACAGGUAGCCACUUUCAGAAAAUUUCAGCGUUAUUAGUGGUGUUAUAUUUUUGAGUCGUUUGCUGGUUUUGUUCACCAACUCGACAAUCUUCAGAAAACGGAACGAACUGCAUCAUGAGUUUAAGAGGUCAGUCUGGAAAACAACAAAAAGCGGAUGAAAAAGUUCACGUUGCUAUAAGAUGUCGUCCUUUAAAUGAAAAUGAAAAAAGAGGACGAAUUAAAAGUGUUGUGGAAACAAAUAUAAGAGAUAAAGAAGUUCGAGUAUGCUGCAACAACAAUUUGGAUAAGACUUACAAAUUUGACAAGACAUUUGGGCCUUCAAGUAAGCAGGUUGACAUCUAUCGUAGUGUUGUUGAACCUCAUAUUGAUGAAGUUCUUGCAGGAUAUAACUGCACUGUCUUAGCGUGAGUAUUUAAGAAUAGC